GUUCCGCAGUGCUCCUGACUUACUCAGUUUCCCACAAUGCAUCGCACGCAACGUCAGAAUCUCGCGACCCAACGUGGGUUUCUCCCUUGUAGCAACCCAGCGGCAAAGUUAGUUGUACCUGGAUUAAAAUGAAGACAUUUUCCACCUUUCUUCGCCGUUGCUGAUCAAGUCGUGUGUGUGGACGCUCUUUUGGCCUCCGUUCCCAACUUGCUGGCCACCAAGACGAGGAAGACGUUUUAACAGCGGAGUUUAACACGUCGUAGGAGGACACUCUCUAAAAUGAAGACUCCCCCUGACGGAACAUCCGUCAGCUUUCUGUUCGACGCUUCUCUGCUGUAUAAAGAAACAUGCCCGGAGCUGUCACGGUUCUUCCUGCAGUGGCCUGUGAAUGCGAAUGUGAACACAUUACCAAAGCAGAAAUCCUCCAGUCUGUUGCAGAGCACCUUCGUGUGUCCAUACUGUUAUCAGUGGCUGCAGCCUGACAACCACCGGAUGAGACUGCGGCCCAAGCAGCGUCCAUCAGCACGGGUGCAGAGCGUCCUGCGCAGAAAGGCCAGGGGCAAACGACUCAGCCUGGUGCAGAAAAAUCUGCUGCACCACUUCCAAAAGUCCUCCUCAGUACUGAUGGCCACCUGCCACACUUGCAAUAAGACUUCCAGACACAAAGGAAUGAACAGGGACUUCAUAGCUACCCUUGCUAAGACCCACAGCACCCCAGGGAGCGCUGGCAAACACAAGACUCCACAGUCAACCAGCAGGUCCAACAUGACUACCCCCAAGACUCCUGGCAAAGACAAGACACCUGUUCAUACACCUAGGUCUUCCACUUCUUCUAAAACCUCAGGGUCAGGCUCAUCUUCCUCCAAGCCUCCCUCUAAACCUAAAAAUUGGGUCGUCCAGCGUCUCAGCAAGAUUCUCAUGCGAGAGGACAACCAGGGCAGCAAGAAGGGGGGCUUGAAAGAUUUUCUUUCCUCACUUUGAGUAUCGCUUAUAAACUCAAGGGGUAAGACCCAUGUUGUAACCCCUUUAAACCAAAGGCUAAGGGGGGGCUAAUUACUUUGGUUUCCGAGCCUGUGUGGGAACGGUUAGUUUGCCCACCAACAUAACCAUUGUUGGGCUGUUUGGAGUAGCACUCCUGGAGUCCUCCUGAAUACAGAAACUGGGAGCACCGGGCUGGUUAUUUCAGCUAUUAAUCAGGGUUAUUGCAUCCUCUGCUGAGCCUGUUGGAGGAGAAUCCUUCUUUUGUUUAAUUUAGGACAUGGCUCUUGCCUCUAAACUGGGGAUAUCACUUUAAGUGGAAUGUUUGAGGAAUUAUUCAGUAUUUAUCAAAUGGCUGAAACAUCACAGGAAGCCCAUCUUUGGGGUUUGUGGCAUGAAAAGCUGGUUUACGACAAUAUCCUUCUCCAUUUUGGAUUUUUCUAAAGUUACAAUUAUACAUUGUAUAAUAAAUAUAAAACUAUGUGGCAUUCAUGCUACUUGAUGUUAAAACUUUUCUAUUUGAAUGUAUUUAGUCAUUUUAUUUUUUGGCCCUUUCCAGGGGGAAGAUGUGUCUGUAUAUUGUGAUGGCACUUGCUAAACGUGACAGAUUUCACUAACAUGCUGUAAAUAUGUUGUUGACACUGUGGCAUUCUUGUACAUGCAUACAAAUCAUUUUGAGACCGUGCAAGUCACUAAUGAAGAUAAUUGUAAUUAUCAUCUAAAAUGGGACUCAUAAGUUGUUGUUGUUUACAUUGAAUAGGCACAUUCGCCUAAAACAUGUACACAAAGAGUUACUGACAAUACAUAUUGUCAAGGCUUUCAAUUUUCUUUUAAUAUUUUCCUUGGCUAUGUAUUAGUGAAUGAUUACUCUCAUCAUCUUUUUGUUAAGAGCAAGAAUUUAAAUGGUUUUUUUUUCAUUUUAUACUGCUUGACUACCUACCUGAUUUCCGUUAGCUGUUCAAUGUACAGUAUGUGUUUAAAUCCUGAAAUACCUCACAUUUGUAUCUCACCCAUAUCUU